AUGACCUUCUUACCAGCAUACACAAGGGCGGUAGAUUCGUACGAAACACUUAUUCAGGAGAUUCGGACCAAUCUGGAUGGCGCUCAUCAGGACUUCUUGGACCAGAGCCUUGAAGAAAUUCGUCACAUCAUGCCGCAAGACGCAAAUAGGGAGCAGCUUACCACUCCAAACUCCGAAGACAUUCCCCAGCGUGGUACGGCAGCGGUGUCUUCGCCCACAUAUGUCGGCAAAGCAAGCGACAUCCACUUCAUUCACAGUAUACGUCAAUGCGUGCAAGGCCGCGAGCAGUUCGCUGGAGAAGACGCCUUGGCUCAAAAUUACAGCGAAACCCAUGUCUCGGAAAGCUUGGCGGCGUUGAAGCACCCACUAUUGUUUCCUUCGCCGGCGGAGGCAGACCAGUUUCUGGAAGUGUAUUUGUCGACGAUCCACAUUGCAUACCCGUUCAUAUCCAAGUCAGGUUUGCUGGAAGCAUUCCGGCGUUUCCAAGCUAAGGAUGUUCAUAAGCCCGAGUUCAGGCCAUGGCUCGCAAUGUUCAAUUUUGUAUUUGCGAUCGGGUCAUAUUACACGUCUUUCCCACAAGGGAAAAACUCUAGUACCCGCGACCACUAUCGAUACUAUGACCAGGGCCUCUACUAUUCACGAGAACUGAACGCGGAUUGUUCGCUGAUGAAUAUCUGGGUUUUGCUAGUACAGUGUUUCUUUUUGCUCGCCGUUUGUCACACCGACCGAUGCUGGAAUACGUUGGGGUUCGCUAUUCGGAUGGGGCAGAGUAUCGGACUUCACGUGGAAUCUUCUACAGGCUGUAAAUCCGAGAUGGAUCGCGCUAAUUGGCGAAGAACGUGGUAUUCUAUGUAUGUUUUGGACCGAUUGCUAGCUCUCCAACUAGGACGACCGAUGGCGAUCCACGAGGCCGAUUUUCACGUGGAACUGCCUUCUGCGAUCGAUGAAGCCCCAUGGGGUUCUCUUGGCAACGAGGGGCCUAUUGCAACCAGGCCUUCAGAGCGUGGGUGCAUGAUGGAAUAUUUUUUGGAAGUAAUACGGUUCUCGCACAUUGUCGGUCUAGUCAUAAGAGGGCUAUAUCAGCCCUCACAGGUUGACUUAUCUCCGGAUAUAAUGCUACAUAGCGCCUCUGGUCUUGAUCGGCGAUUGAACGAAUGGAAGGAUAGUCUGCCACGUAACUUGCGGUUCGAUCUGGGACACACUUUUGAGAAAUCAAUCUCAUUCAAACGCCAGGUGGGUGCCUCUUCGCAUUAA